CCUCUUGUUGGGAUGGACCUGUUGGAUAAAAGGACCAUUUUCUAACGGACACUUGUGUGUUAUACAGACGAUCAUGCACUGGGGACCAUUCUGUCAGACGGUAUAACACAACAACCCCCCCCCCCCCCCCUCCCAAAAAAUAGGCCUUUCAAGUAGCAUCCGAAGGCACCAUGACGGGGAAGCAAGGCUCCGUGCUGUCGGAAAGUUUACGCCUAUCGGAGAAACCCUCUCUGGGCACCAACGGAGGGAGUAACGGCCACCAGCCGAAGAGCAGCGCCACCCAUCCGCCGACCAGGUGCACCGGCUUCGGCAUCCAGGAGAUACUGGGGCUCAACAAGGAGCCGUCCGCGGCACUGCGGAGCCCGCUCAGCUCGCUGCCGGCCGGCGCGCACCUGAUCGCCGCCAGGUCCCUGCUGGGCCCCGCCGGCAUGGGCAUGGGUGUCGGGAUGGGAUUAAUCGACCCGGGUAGAAUUCCGUCGUUUUACAGACAACCGGCGUUUUUGGAGAGCGUGCUGUCGAACGCGCACGACGUUCACCUGCAGCCUCGCGGCGGGGACGGCGGGCCGCUGGACACCAGUCAGUCCGCGAGCUCAGAUUCAGACGACUUAUCUUCAAAUGAAAGAAAACUCUCAAAGUCAUCAGUAAGUCAAAGCAAGAAACGGAAGAAAAGACGCCACCGGACCAUAUUCACUUCAUAUCAGCUGGAGGAGCUGGAAAAGGCCUUUAAUGAAGCUCACUACCCGGAUGUUUACGCCCGAGAGAUGUUGGCCAUGAAGACAGAGCUACCUGAAGACAGGAUACAGGUGUGGUUUCAGAACCGCCGAGCCAAGUGGAGGAAGCGGGAGAAGUGCUGGGGCCGCAGCACCGUGAUGGCGGAGUACGGGCUGUACGGGGCCAUGGUGAGGCACUCCAUCCCCCUGCCGGAGUCCAUCCUCAAGUCCGCCAAGGACGGCGUGAUGGAGUCCUGCGCCCCCUGGCUGCUGGGGAUGCACAAAAAGUCCACGGAGGCGGUGGGGCCCCCGGCGACGGGACAGUGCGACGCGCCCCGGCAGCCGACCCCCCAGCGGGCGGAGGAGGCCGAGGUGGCGGCGGAGAAGAGGUCGGAGGGCAAGUCCGCCAUGUCGAAAGAGGAACUGAGAGAGCACAGCAUCGCCGCGCUCAGGGCCAAGGCGCAGGAGCACAGCGCCAAAGUGCUGGGGACCGCCUCCCGGGAGGAGAGACGGGGGCGCGAGGGCAAGACCGGCGACCCCCCGAGUCCCGCGGGGGAGGAGACGAGUCCUUAGGAGGCCCGUCCCCCCCCCCCCCCCACCCCGCGGAACCGAUGUAUCCCCUCGCCUGGACUUCUUUGAAGGGAAGGGGUCACCUGGUUCACUGCUGCACAGAGGAUGCCAAAUGCACUUUUAUAUGCUUUUUUCUCCCCCCCCGAUAUACAGUCGUUGUUGCUCGUGCCUGGCAGAGGGGAUUUGACCGUGUAGGGGGUGUUAAUACCGCUGUAUAAAGAGAGUCAGAUGAGUCAAUUAAAUCAAUUUGAACGUUGCUUGCACAGCUGCUGAAUAAAAAAAAAACCCUCCCACCGACAGAAAGUAAUUGUUGUCCCACUUCACACUGUAUAUACUCGCGAUAUGAAUCCCUCUCGCCGGGGCACAACUUUACAUGUGGUCUUGAAAAAUGUUCUGUGUUUUCAUUUUCAAAAUAUGUAAAACUCAAGA